AUGUCCAACUCUACAGCUGUCAUCACCACGCCGGCCUCGUCGACAUUUCUUUCAAGCACCACCCAAGAUGCCGCCCAGUCGUCCUUCUCGUCCGUCGUCGCAUCUUCCGUGUCAUCCGAGGUCUUCUCGUCAGCAACUCAAAUGGCUAGCACUGUGACCGUCGAGCCAUCCUCAACAGACGUCGUCACCUCGAUCGUGUCGGCCUCUUCACGACCUGCUUCCACCCAACUCAUCACUUCGGUCGUCACCGAAAGCGCCUCAAACGGAGGCUCUUCCAACGCGCCCGUCACAGUCGUCGUCACCUCUGUCUUCACUCCUUCUACCACUACUGCCGCCCGAGGAUCAUCAGCUUCUUCAGCAGCCAGCUCUUCGUCUUCAGCAGCUGGAAGCCUGCCCAACGGCACUUCGAACAAAGGCUCAAACAACUCAAGUGGCCUCAGCACUGGUGGAAAGACCGCCAUUGCCGUCGUCGUUCCUGUUGUCGUCGUCGCGCUUCUGGUCCUCGCCGGUCUGUUCUUUUGGAGGAAGCGUAAGCAAGGAAAGAUCGCCAAGGAGGAGCGCCGAAAAGAAGUCGAAGAGUACGGCUACAACCCCAACAACGAUCCCACUCUACCCGUUGUCGCCGCCGAUGGAUCUGAAAUGGCCGAAGACUCCAACGGUGGCUACCGUGGCUGGGGCAACACCUCCAUGUCAAACCGCAAGGCUUCAACUACUCUGUCUGGCGGGCAUACUGCUGGCCAGCUGAGUGACACUGGAAGCCAACCUGGAGGCUACGUACCUGGCAGCCCGACCGGCAACAACUUCUCGGACGGACACAGUGGCGACACUCUUAUGAACCAGCGCGAGACUUUCAGCAGUGAUGACCUUGGUGCGCUCGGUGCAGCUCCCAUAGCUGGUGCUCACCGCAACAACAAUGACAUCCGUCGCGGACCUUCCAAUGCUUCGUCCUCUUAUUCAGCUGGAAACCACAGUGAACGCUCCGAUGUCUCGGCCGGGGUUGGCCAGUCGAACCAAGCGUAUUCUCCUACAGAGAUGUACGGGGGUAGCUACGGUGGCUUUGGGCAACACGGUCCAUACGGAGACGGCUCAUACGGCGGCGGCGACAGUGGUAUGCCAAUUGUCCGUGAUGUGAGCGCUAGAAGGAACACACGUAUCGAGGCUGGAGGCAACUAUCAGUCAGGGAACAGCGGUAUCGCACAGAACUUCUGA